AUAAAUCCUUAGCGCUAGUCAUAACCCCUCAAUGCAUCUCGUUCAUUGAUAUGGUAUCUUCAAAUUUCUCACACCAAUAAGACCGUGCCAUUACCUUAAUAAACGGAAACAAUAUAUUUCAAUAUGGCGUCCAUGAAAAGCGUUUUUGCCGCUUACUCCAACCGACUGAACGCUCUACAAACUAGCACCAACACAUUUGCACAGGGCGUGGCUUGGGUGGAAGGGCAGCUAUACCCGCUCUCCGAGGCACGCAUCCCACUAAUCGACCAGGGUUUCUUGCACGCCGAUCUAACAUAUGAUGUUCCUUCGGUGUGGGAUGGUCGGUUUUUCCGGCUUGAUGACCAUCUAGCCCGAUUAGAUGCUAGUUGCAAAAAGAUCAGAAUGAGCCUCCCACGACCUCGAGAAGAAAUCAAAGCCAUCUUGGUAGAUAUGGUCGUCAGGAGUGGCAUUCGAGAUGCCUUUGUCGAGAUCAUUAUUACACGCGGAUUUCAAGGCGUGAGAAGCUCAAAGUCGGAGGAUUUGCUGAACAAUAACCUAUACAUGUUCAUACAACCCUAUCUCUGGGUCAUGGAGCCAGAGGUCCAGAUUGGUGGAGGGAGUGCCAUUAUUGCCCGGACAGUUCGUCGUAUUCCUCCAGGCUCGUUUGAUCCAACUGUGAAGAACUUGCAGUGGGGAGAUUUUACACGAGCUAUGUUUGAGGCUCGAGACCGCGAUGCCAUGCACCCUUUCCUAACGGAUGGCGAUGCUAAUCUGACGGAAGGGUCUGGGUUCAAUAUUGUCCUUGUAAAGGACGGCAUCAUCUAUACUCCAGAUCGGGGUGUUUUGCAAGGUGUCACUCGUAAAAGUGUAAUCGACGUUGCCCGAGCCAACAACAUCGAGGUGCACGUCGAGGUGGUUCCGGUGCAGUUAGCAUAUCAAUGUGAUGAAUUGUUUAUGUGCACUACUGCUGGAGGUAUUAUGCCUAUAACGACACUGGAUGGCAAGCCUAUUAAUGGGGGGAAGAUCGGCCCGAUAACGAAGAAGAUUUGGGAUGGGUAUUGGGCCAUGCAUUAUGACCCAGCGUACAGCUUUGAGAUCAACUACAAGUCUCUUCAAUCGAGGCUUUAAUGAUUUUUCGAAUUUAGCAACUGCUUGCUUUCUUAUUGAUUUUGAUGGGCCAUGAAAUUCAAUCUAUAUGCACAUAGUACAUCGAAUUGAAAUUGAAUGUCAGGCAAUCCGCCUGUAUCAAAAAUUGAUAUUUCUGACUACUCAUCUAUCAAUUGAUGUAUUCAAUAUGUAAAUCAGUCAAUCUAAACCAUCUUUCAAGUUGAGUGAGAUAUGUAUCAUGGGAAACUUCUACUACAUAGCUCCGUGUAAAACCCCUA